AUGGAGGUAAACGGAUCCCCGAGGCUAUUCCAAACAGCAAGCGUUACUAUCGGCGUUGUAAAAUCCGCGGAUAAACAUCGUCGGAUAAUUGCACACCUGUUUCCAUCUCUGUUUGGAUUUGCACGUAGGAGCGUGGAUUACAGACAGCCGGGACAGGAUUACGGGAAGUCUGUGCCCGAGGACGUAGAAAAUUCAGGACGACUUUUAAUCUGGCUGCGGAGACACACGGGCGGGGGCCGUGUUAUUUCACAGGGUACAGAAUAUUCGGGAAGCGUGCCAGGCGACGGAAUAUAUGGAACGACGACCACGAGUCGCCUGUUCCAGCAUCCUGCUCGCAAUAACGUGAAUAAUGGCGGCUCGUUUUCUGUGUGUUACGGGCGCGAGGGAACCAAACUCCCCGCCAUUGCCAACCGCGUACCUUGGAAAAUCACGUAACGCGGCCCAGUUAUCUGGAUUUAAGGCGGAAUUUAAGACCAGGUGAAACGUUUCUUACGUUACGUUACGUUACGUACGAAUCGCGACACGCUCCAUCGACGUUCAUCUCGACAAGCGAAACAGCCAUAAUCGUUUGAGAAGUAACUGAAAAUGAAGGUAAUUCGUUUCCUUUUUUUUUUUUUUUUUUCUCUCUUUCGGGAAAAUAACGACUCGCGUAAAUAUCUACGACCGAGUUCCGAAAUUAGCGGUGAUCGUUCUAUCUUUCGUGGAGUGAUAUGAAAAAUUGGGUCUGCCACCAGUUGAGCUAAUAACCGAGAGAUUGAAGAUAAUUUUAUUCGAACGAAACAAAGGACCGUCGUGAAAUUACCCUUUUAAAUUAUACCCGCCGGUUUCUUUUUUUUUUUUUUUCUUUUUUCCGCGUCCACGAGAAUUCUAUGCAAAAUAUCUUGGUUAUUGUCUCAAUGAAACAAGCCGGGAUAACGAAAUGGUUUAUCGCUCGCCAACGGGAAGAAAAUUAUAUAAGUUCGAUUUUACCCGCUCUGCGUCAUUCCAUUGUACGUUCUAACGAGCUCGUUUUCAUUACUGCGUCAUCUUUCGUCCACUGUGAUGAGUCCCGACACACAGACAAAGACACUGCUCGUUACGUCACCGUUCGUUUGAAAAGGAACGAGUACAGAGUAUGCCUCAAUGCGGCGAUGAACUAUCUAUCUGAAACGACAGACGUGCCUCGAUCACGCAAUUAAAUCGGUGCACUUUGUACCGAUACAAAGGAGGGAAGUCUGUACGUGUUGUUAUCAGUGCUGUUUCCUUCACGUGAGAUUCGUUCGAGUCAUCUAAGCUUUCAAUCUCAAGCUUUGCACGGAACAAUGAAAUUUGACGUACUGCAAAUAUACGAAACAAAGCUUUUUUAGCUACGUUAGGAAUCAGGUAUUCGGUCAAGUUGCCCAACCUGACUCGAAUAACUCUGCUUUAUCCUUUAAUUCGUAA